GACUGAGUUUCCCUUUGCUUUUGUCCUGCAGUCCCACCCACUGUCCCUGUGCAACACCAGCGAGGAUGAACACACGGAAUCGGGAUUCAUCACCAUUGUCAAGCUUGAACAGCCGGACCGGGAUCCCAACCCCUGCCUGUCACUGGCUAACAAGGCAAAGCUGGCGGGGGAACGUGGAGCCCGUGCGAUCCUUUUUGACAUUACCGAUGAUGAAAGUGCUGCUGAUCAGCUGAGGAAGCCCAGAGGUCUGAGUCAGCCUGUGGUUCUGAUCAGGGGCCACGAUGCCGAGCUUCUCAUGGGUGUCGUGAACAAGAACAGGGAGGCCCACGUGAAGAUAGAGGUCAAGGAGCCACCAGCUUGGCCGGACUACGACGUGUGGAUUCUUCUCACGGUGGUCAGCACUGUGGUUGUCAUCAUCUUGAUUUUUGUUGUCCGCACAAAGUGCCAGCUGAACAGGACCCAGGACUCCUUGCAGCAGCAGACCAUGCAGGCCAUCGGGCAGCUGGCCACGCGCAGGUACCAGCCCAGGUGCCGACCGGCGUCGCGGUGGGACUCGACCAGUAGCUGCAGCUCAGCCCCGGUCUGUGCGAUUUGCCUGGAGGAGUUCAGCGAGGGCCAGGAACUGCGGAUCAUCUCGUGCUCCCAUGAGUUUCACCGGGAGUGUGUUGACCCCUGGCUGCAGCAACACCACACGUGUCCGCUUUGCAUGUUCAACAUUCUUGCCAGAGACUCGGUGGACCAGGCCACGGCCGCUGGCUCCCGGCUGGCCCCUCGGGACAUGGAGCCUGGACGGCGACUCCACCUUUUCCGCCAGCACCCAGGACAUGCCCUUUACCACCUCCCACAUGCGUAUCCUCAGAGGAACCUCAGGAGCUUUCCCCCGGAGCCAGCCCGUGGCAACCCCUUUUUCCACUCUCCGGAGCUCUCCCAGCUGGAUUUUGGCACCAUCCACUACAUGCCCUGCCGGUGACUAAAGUCAGCCCUGGCGCAGAAGCAGCACCGGGCACCCGCCCUGCGCCGGGGGGUUGGCCAUGGGCACCAGCACAACAGCAGCGGCUCCGGGGAGAGCUAUCUCACGGAGCACAGCGGGUACCUGGCAGACGGGCCGGGCAGCGACUCCAGCUCGGGACCCUGCCACGGUUCCUCCAGUGACUCCAUGUUGAACUGCACGGAUGUCAGUCUGCAGGGCAUCCACGGCAGCUGCUCCACUUUCCGCAGCUCCCUCAGCAGCGACUACAUGCUCAGCCACGUCCACUACCAUCACCACCAGCACCAUCACUACAGAAGAGACUCAGAGUGUCCACCGGGGCGGUCCGGGCAGGGGCUUGGGCAGCGCAAAUCCCGGUACCCUGGGGCCAAGGUUGGCUUCCACAGUGUUCGGACACAAAAGAGGACUGAGAAAAGCCAUCACUGUCAGCAGCCUCUGGAAAGCAACGCUGUGCUACAAGAGGUAGCUCCAGCAGGACAGCCAGCCUGUCCCCAGCAAGGCCGGGAGCCCCCUCAUGCCCCCUCCGCUUCUCCAAACAGGUUGGACUUCAGUGUAGAUGCCAACAGACAAUCGGGAGCAGCUGGCACAUCCCCUGUCCUGCUGCCCCCGAGACACAGCUUACAGAGCCGUCAUCACCGAAGGAAAAGAAAGUGUCCCCUGGAGCCCGACCCCGCUCUCCUGCCCGAGGACUCGCUCUCGCCCAAAGCCGGCGAUGCUCACGUUCCUCACGGCCAUCCCACUGGCUACCGCUGCUCGCCUGAGGUCCAGCCCCUGAUCCCGAGCGCUCCCCUGCCCUGCAGCUCAGGCUCUCGGCCACUCUGGAAGUGUUUAGUGCCACAGUCCGGCUCAGAGCUGACAAAGCAGGAGGAGGGGUUGUCAGGACGGGAGGGAAACCGCACGGUUCCUCCUGAUUUCUCAGGGACGGGCACCCCCAGGCACAGUCUGAGUCUUCACCUCCACUGCCCAGCUCAGCAGGGCAGCCAGGGAUCUGAAGAGGAGGUCCAGGAUGUCCAUGAACACUCAGUUUAA